GAAUAAAACCAAAGAAACCAAAUCAGCACCAAAAAAAAAGAAAAAAAAAAAAAAAAAUCCAAAAUGGAGCUCGCAGACGGCGUCACCAACACAGCCUACGAGACACAUGACACUAACCUGCAUGACGAGACGAGCCUCCGCCCCCCCACGUCGAGCGCAGAACGAGAAAAAGGUGACGGAGAAAGUGGUGAUAAAAGUGGUGAUCUUCAGAGAGUUUCCGAGGUGAACAAGAACAGAAAAGUGGUGUUCAUGGGCAGCGGUGACAUGACCCUGGCCUUGUCUAUUGCCAUGAGCAGGUCACGUCUUCAGCCUGUGGUCGGGAGCAGGAACCCAGACCGGGCUAGAGGCCGGUUGAAGGAGGUUGCUAUGGUGACGACAGUGAACGAAGCACUUUCUCACAGUGAUAUGGUGAUCCUGGCCAUCCCCGCUGAUCACCAUCAUUCUUUACCUCGCCAGGAACUCAAAAACAAAAUUGUGGUGGAUAUCAGUAACAGAUCCCCGGGUUCCUCCUCCAAGGACCUCAGCCUCGCCGAAAGACUUCAGGAGGUUCUACCGGAGAGUCACGUGGUCAAGGCCUUCAACACGAUCUCAGCCUACGCCCUCCAGCACGGCAAUAUCCAGGGCAGCCGGGAGGUACCCAUUUGCGGCAACAACGAGAGGGCGCGAGGGAGAGUAGCUGAGCUGACGAGGGACUUGGGUCUUACCCCCGUGGACCGAGGCGCCCUUAGGAACGCCCGGGAGGUGGAGGACAUCCCCCUGGCCUUCUUCCCGGAGUGGAAAGUCGCUGGGAUCAUGACCCUCCUGCUGUUCGUCUUCUGGUUCAUCUUCAUGCUGUUCAGAAACCAGAUCUGCCCUAACCUCGACAGCGGAACGGACUGGAACUGGGAAUUAUUCCAAAUAUUCCCGCUCAUGAACACUCAGUACGCCAUGGCCUACACAGCCACCUGCCUCCUUCUCUUUACGUACAUACCAGGUACCAUAGCGGCUUACCUACAGCUGCACCGAGGCACCAAGUAUUCCUCUUUCCCGAAUUGGCUUGAUGCUUGGCUGAAGGCACGCAAGCAGACGGGGCUUCUGGCUCUCCUCAUCGGCACCACGCAUGGUUGCAGCGCCAUCUUCACCCAGAUGGCGUGGACGGUCCGUGAGGAAUGGGAUCACCAACUACACUUCAUGUUUGCUGCCUUACUAACGGCGUCGCUGGCAGUACUUGGCAUCACUUCCCUUCCGUCCGUAUCCGCGAGGCUGACUUGGCGAGAGUUUUCCAUCCUGCAGCGUUAUCUAGGAUGGUUCUCGGUCUUCUGCGUCACCGUCCAUGCCAUCUUCAGUGACUUGAAGCAUUUAUUCAAGGCUGAGUUUGUGUGCUCCUUCUCCCUCUCGGCACGCAGGUGAUAGUGGUGAUGUGUCUGCUCACCAUUCUGUUCAAGUUACCCCUCCUGCUGCCCUGCGUGGAUGCCCGGCUCGACAAGAUCAGGAAGGGGUAUGAGAAGGGGAGAGGGGGG